AUGCCGAAAGAUCUGGAGGAGAAGGUGGUGGCCGCACUGGCUCGUUUUGACACUGCAGUCAGGCAAGCAAACCCAAUCAGGCUGAAUCAACAGCAGGAGGACCCCCGUGAAAUCGACGUCCUUGAAAGGAUUGCAGCAGAGGCGGAUGGAGCGAGGCCUCUAGCGGACAAACCCACCUGCCGUCCGUGGGACUACGAGAGCUUCAAGGCCAGGCUGGCGACCUUCACACCUCUUAACUGGUUUUCCAAACCGGCCUUCGCGUCCCCAGCGGUAUGCGCCCGCUACGGGUGGAUCAACACUGGACGGGACACCCUUUCUUGCCAGUGCUGCAGUGCCCAGCUGCGCUUUGCAGACCAAGCGGCCGGCAGCGACGGUAACGCUGCGAAUGAUGAUGUUUGUGGCGGCGGUGGUGGAGAUAUCGUGGCCGUCGUCGAGCCCACGCCUUCGUCAUCGUUUUCAUCUCGGCUCCAGUCCCAGCACCACGACCUAUGUCCAUGGAAUGGCAACGCUUGCCCCAGAGAGUUCCUACAGCUUCCGCCCAUGGCGGUCGAAGAUCAGCUGGCAGACUUUCUGGCACGACUGGACAGUCUCUUGCCCGUGAUGAGAGCUGCAGCCCUGCCCGAGGUGUCCCUGCCGAGCACCUUCGAACAACACUGCCCGGGUGGGCUGUCGGCACUUGCCGCCAAGGCUAUGCCGUCGGUCGUCGAAACCAGGGAGGAGACUUCGGAAAACCGCACAGCAGGGGCGCACAAAAGGCAGAGGAGUGGGAGCGGCAAGGCGGCCGGUUCUGCCGACAACCGGGAGAUGUUGCGGUUUGGGGAUGAGAUGCUGGGCACCGCUGCAGCAAUCGCCAUGUUUGGGUGGCAAUCCGCUCCGGCCACGGUGCCGGUAAGCGCGUGUGCUGCUGUGUCUCCGACAGAAGGCUCGUCGUCCAACGGAUCGACCGUUGCUGUUGCCGAUGGAGGUGCUAGAGCGACUGCGAAAUCCCCAGCAAGGCUCAGCUGCGCCCUGUGCAAGCGCCGCCUGGUGACCGACAACUUCCUCACAUUGGAAGCAGGGCCCAGCUCAGGGGUUGGCUGUACCGCCGCCGGUACUGGUGCGGAGGAAUCGCCCGGAGUCCUUAGCAGCCCUGAGGGUCGGGGAGGGUCCGGUCGGAGCGGCAAGCGUAGACGCCUGUCGGGAGGUGGAACUCCUUUGAAGCCGAUGGAUCUCGCCGUGGAACAUCGCUCGUUCUGCCCCUGGGCAGCCGUUCACCCGCCCGUGGCAGGAGAAGAGGCGAUCGAAGGCGCUGUGCCCGGGUGGCGGUUGCCGUUGGAGGCGGUCCUGGGCUGGCAAAACCCAUCUAAGCAGGAGCAGGUGCUGUCGACACAGAAGGAGCGCGGCGGUUUCAGCGACGCCGCUAACGGCGAGGUUGAAGGAGCGCUGCAGAAGGUGCAGAAGGUGCUGGGCGUCCUUAUGCGAUAUUGACGCAUCUCUUCCUUCUUGCACGCUACAGGUGUGGCGGUCGUGAGCGCCAUAAAAUUGGUACGGUAGCAGGA